AUGCGGGCACGCCUCGACAUGGCCAAGCUGCAACCGCUGACCGCCGACCAACACCAUCUCUUCAAGUGCAUUGAAGCACUGCAGCCUCCAUGCUUCGAAGCUGCAUCGACAGCGCGCCGACUCGCGUGCACGGCGGACAAGAUCGGCCUGCCAUCCUCCGUGCCUGCGGCGGUAGCGAUAGCAAUGGCCGCCAAUGUCGUGGGAUCAGCGUGCGAGUCAUGCAAAAGCCUCGGUACCACCACAGGGCGUGCAAACAAAAGCCUGCUGGGCCGUUCCGCCAGCUUGGGAGCCGAAAAGCGUCGGCGACUCGAACAGCGCAUCGCGAUUCGCUGCGUCCAAUCGCAGGUGCUGCAAGCUCAGUUGACCGCAGUAGGCAGUGGCAAGGCCACCCAAGCUGCGCUGCUGCUGGGGCGGGGCGGCAGCGGCUGCACUUUGAGCCAUUCCGGGCUCCGGGCGGCGGGCGGAGUGUUGGCCGUAGCAAGUACUGUAGCUGGGAGUGCAGGUACGGCGGGAGCGUUGGCCGACGCCGUAUUGCCGUUUUCCGCUGAUCCCCUGCUCGAGCCCCGACCCCGACCUCGGAGCCACUUUCCUGCGGCGUUCGGCCCUGCCCGCUGCUUUUGCCCUGCCCUGCACCUCGCCCUCGCCCUCGCCCUCGCGCUUUCCUGCUCUGCAUCCUCAUCGCCGUCGUCUGCUUGCGAAGCCAGUGCCUCGGUCGCGUCGAUUGGCGCCACGCUCGAUUGGAUCUCACGCUGCUCUCUCUCUCUCUCUCUCUCGCUCUCUCUCGCCCUCUCUCCAUCCAGCUUUUUCCAACAAGGUUACGGAAGCGCCACCUCGAUCCCGGUCCCUUUCGUCGGCUCCAUCCGCGCUUACCUGUCCAUCACGUUUCCAUCAUCUUCUCCCUCCUCCUCCUUCGUCUCUUUGACUCCGCCUCUGGCUCGGCUGCCUCUCCCUUGUGCUCGGCUCAACGUCGUCUGGAUUCAUCACGGACCUGCUCCGACCACCGGCUCCCAUCGUAUCAGCGCAACAAACACGACACUCCGCGUUCACCCGUGCCCAUUCACACAGCUCAAAGGAACCGCGCCACCGCCAUUGCACACCAUCGCUUCGCCCAUCUCGGAAUCCUCGCCCAUCUCGUCCCUGCUCUCAGAUCCAGCCACCCGCUUGUCUUCCAUCGGCGCUUCUUGGAGCCGCACCGGACGCACAUCCGCUCUAGGCUCCGGCCAGUCCACGUCCACCUACGAGUCCUCGGUCCAAGCGCAAUCAGUCUUGCUUCUCUCUCCGCACAGCAGGAAAUCUUCAGCCAUGACGUCCCCGCCAGAGAGGGUGGUGCUCGCCACGCCGCCGGCGGCCAAUCCUUCACAGAGCAACGCAGCGUCCAACGCCACGCCCUCACACACGCGAUCCCCCACCGUCAGCAAACCCUUCAUCUACCCCAUGAAGUCCGCCGUCAGUCUCAAACAGCCUCACCGUGAAGGUGUGGCAUCCCAAGAACCCCUGCCCCCAUGCUCGCCUGCAUCCGUCGGCGGCGCCUCACGGCCCACGUCCGCAGACGGACCCAAGCCAUCCACGGACGACAUCACCCAUGACGGCCGAAAUCGACCAGAGGACGUCGACAAGGAAGCCGACGACGCCAUGGGCCGCAUGAAGGUACCCGGCAACGAGGACAAGGACCUUCGCGACCACUUAGAACAGCUCACCACCACCCGCUUCGAGUACGUCAAGACCGCAGAGGGCCACAUGAUCCUCACCGGUCGCGGAGGCAAGCUCGCCCGCUGCGAAGACGAGCCCAUCCACAUCCCCGGCGCCGUACAGUCAUUUGGCUGCAUGCUAGUCGUUCGCAUCUCGCCCGACGGUGACAUGCUGGUGCGCCAGGCAUCCGAGAACUCCACCCAGAUCCUUGGCCUCUCUCCGUCGUACCUCUUCAGUCUGCCCACCUUCCUCGAUGUCCUCGACGAAGACCAAGCCGACCUGCUCUGGGACAACAUCGAUUCGCUCGACCAAUCCAGCCAGGACCUCGCCGAGUCCGGUCCCACCGUCUUCCAGCUGCGCGGAUACGACAUGGCAAGCUACGACGAGCGCAUAAAGCAAGGCGCACUGCGCAAAUUGUGGUCGACAUGGUGUGGUGCACACAUCCCAGACCGCCGCAAAGACGGCGAAGGCGAACUCACCGUAAUCCUCGAAUUCGAGCUGGUCGACGAUGCCCAAAAUCCCAUCUCCACCUUUUCGCCCCCAACAACGCCAGCCUCGGAGCACGACACAGGCGCAGGGCCUGGAUUAGGACUUGCCGCCGGCUGGAUUCCAUCGCAACCCACCUCUGGCUCCGCCUCCGGCGCACAGUCUCCUCCGGGCAGCAUCGCCACCGUACGCUCCAACGGCACCAGCAGCUCAGCCACUCUGCGUGACAUCGCGCCCCGCGGCCUCGAUGGGCUUGCAUAUACUCCAUCGCCAGAUGAGCUGCGCGAGUCGACGCUUGCCGUGCACAAACCGCUCAAGGCGCUCUCACGCAUGCGUCGCAACGCCGAGGCCAGGCAGAACAUGCGCAGCCGCCGGCCCGCCAUGCUGCCCAGCACCGCAGCCGGUGAUGGAGCCGGAGGCAUGGUCGACAUGUUUGGAAUUCUCAGCCAAGUCAACGACCAGCUCGCCGCCCAAAAGGACCUGAACGAGUUCCUCAAGGUGCUCGUCGGAAUCGUGCGCGACAUCACCCUCUUCAGCCGUGUCAUGAUCUACCAGUUCGACGAGGCAUGGAACGGCCAGGUCGUCUGCGAGCUCGUCGAUUGGAACGACUCGCACGAUCUCUACCGGGGCCUCCACUUCCCCGCCACCGACAUCCCUGCCCAGGCCCGUGCGUUGUACAAGAUCAACAAGGUGCGACUCCUGUACGACCGCGAUCAACCAACCUCACGCAUGGUCUGCCGCGAUCAGGCCGAUCUUGACUCUCCAGUCGACAUGACACACGCCUUCAUCCGUGCCAUGUCGCCCAUCCACAUCAAGUACCUCGCCAACAUGGGCGUGCGAUCGUCCAUGUCCGUCUCCAUCACCGCCUUUGGCGAGCUGUGGGGCCUCAUCUCGCUGCACAACUACGGUGCGCACGGCAAGCGUGUCUCGUUCCCCAUCCGCCAGCUCUUGCGCCUCAUCGGCGAGUCCGUCUCCAGCAACAUCGAACGUCUAAGCUAUACCCGCCGAUUAUCCGCUCGAAAACUCAUCAAUACCCUGCCGACCGACAAGAAUCCGAGCGGCUACAUCAUCUCCAACGCCGAGGAUCUCCUCACCUUAUUCGAUGCCGACUACGGUGUGAUCGCCGUUGGAAACGAGGCCAAAAUCCUCGGUCCGCUCAACGCGAGCCAGGAAGUGCUCGCGGUGACUGAGUAUCUGCGACUGAAGAAGUUCCAACACCUCGUCACCUCGCAAGACGUCCGUCGCGACUUUCCAGACAUGGUCCUGUCCACCGGCCUGCACGUCAUCGCUGGUCUUUUGGUCGUGCCGCUGUCGGGCAGCGGUGUGGACUUUAUCGCCUUCUUACGCAAGGCGCAGCUGCGUCACGUCAACUGGGCGGGCAAGCCCUUCAAGGAGGGCAAAGAAGGCGACGCGAUCCUCGAGCCACGCAAGUCGUUCAAGGUCUGGUCCGAGACCGUGGAAGGAACGUGUCGCGGAUGGAAGGACGAGGAGCUCGAGACGGCCUCGGUGCUCUGCCUCGUUUACGGCAAAUUCAUCUCGGUCUGGCGUCAGCGCGAGCAGGCGCUGCACUAUAACCAGCUCAACCGCCUCUUGCUUUCCAAUGCGAGCCACGAGGUGCGCACGCCGCUCAAUCACAUCAUCAACUACCUCGAGCUUGCGCUCGACAGCAAGUUGGACGACGACACUCGUGAGAACCUCAGCAAAUCGCACAUGGCUUCCAAGAGCCUGCUCUUCGUGAUCAACGACCUGCUCGAUCUCACCAAGCAGGAGAUCGGCAACGAGCUCUUGUUACAGGAACCGUUCGACCUGGCUGCCACGGUGCGCGAGGCCGUCGAGAUGCACGAAUGGGAGGCCAAGCGUCGCAAGAUCGACUUUUCGGUCACCACCGAUCCCGAGGUCUGCCUCGUCCUCGGCGACAAGAAUCGCGUGCGCCAGGUCGUCACCAACACGGUGACCAACUCGGUCAAGUACACCAACGAGGGCCAGAUCACCGUUUCGAUGCGCAAGCGCAGCGAAGACGAACGCGAUUCUGACCUGCCGCCCGGAUGCGACAUGGAGGUGGAGCUCAUGGUCCGCGACACCGGCGAGGGCAUCCCGCAGGAGAAGCUCGAGGUCAUCUUCCGCGAAUUCGAACAGGUCGAGUCGGUGAUUGCGCUGCCUGGCCGUCAGGAGUCUCUCGAGUCGGAAGGCAGCGAAGCAGACAGUCUGGUCCGCACGGACCAGUCCGACGGUGGUCUCGGUCUGGGUCUCGCCAUCGUGGCUCGUGUCGUCAAGAAUCUGGGCGGCCAGCUGCGUGUGGACUCGGUGGUUGGCGAAGGCACGACUUUCACCUACUUCAUCCCGUUCUGUUCCGCCGAGAGCACCACGCCGACUGAGAUCCCCCCGGUUGCCAUGGCCGGCAGCGGAGGCAGUGGUACAAAACGUGGUAGCGACACCAUCUCGAUGCGACGCUCCAACUCGAUCGACAGCGGCAGUGCCAGCUCGGCAGGCAGAAGCGAGAUCGAUUCGUUAGUUGAAGCUAUUCAGCAACCGUUUCUGCGCGAUCAGAACCACAUCGAAGACGUCACUCAGCAGCGGAGGGCCGCCGAGGCCCUGUCGUCCGGGCACACCGAGGGGCCUCGAAACGUCUCGGCAGCCACACGUCGACCUCCGAUCCUGUCGCACCGGAGCCAGUCAUUUGACAGCGGCUCGCAUCCCGUCGAGGGCAGCGGUGUACCUGUCCGCUCCGUCAAGAUCGACCCCCAAAGGCUCGAUCAAAACGACCGGGCGGAUCGUAGACCGACCAACUCCGCCUUCUUGUCGAGUGCGACGGCAUCCGCACGGCCGGCCAAGGCUCCGACGAGCAUUGCCGAAUCCUUCAAAGCCGAGGUCGAGCAGCGUGCACGCGGCAACGUGCCGCAUCUCUCCGAAGAUGCGCUGCCGUCCAGUGCGAGGCAUUCGUUCUCGGAAGAUCCCAUGGUCUCGCCUGGGACGCCAGCCAAACGUGGCUCGAUCGACUCGCUCGAGCCCGCGCAGUCGCCCGGCUCCGAGGACCAGCAGAAUUCGCCGCACGGAAGCGGCGAGCGAAGAGCGUCGUCCUCCUCGACCGCUGCCAAGCGGAGGAUUGCGAUGAUGCGCGGACUGCACAAGUCUCCCGCCCAGCGUGGCGAGAAGAUCGCGCCGCUGCGUGUGCUUGUGGUGGAGGACGAUCCGAUCAACCGCAUGAUCCUCAAGAAGCGACUCGGUCUCGACGGGCACACUACUCUGCUGGCGGUCAACGGCGAAGAGGGCGUGCGCCAGUUCGAGAAGGACGCCAAGGAGAUCGAUGUGAUCCUGAUGGAUCUGCAGAUGCCGAUCUGCAACGGCCAGGAGGCGUGCAUCCGCAUCCGCGAGCUGGAGAAGAAGUGGGCUUCCGGUGGCGAGCAGGCGGACCGACCGGCGUCGCAGGUGCUCAACGGGCGCGUGCCCAUACUUGCGGUCUCGGCGACUCUGGUGCAGUUGAUGCGACAGGAGAUGGUCGACAUCGGCAUGGACGGCUGGCUGCUCAAGCCGAUCGACUUUGCGCGUCUGGGCGCGCUGCUCAAAGGACUGCUGCAUCCCGAAGACCGCCUGGCCAACCAUUGGAAGCAGGGCUACGUCUGGGAGAAGGGCGGCUGGCUUUCGGAGCCGGCGCAGCGCUCCGUGCCGGUGGCUGCCUCCUCGAUCUCAGCCGCCGCUGCAGACGCCACGGCCGCCAAGUCGGCCUCCAACAACGGCACCGCGGCAGCAGAAGCUGAAUCCAGCGAGGCCUCUACCCCGCCAAGCGCGUAG